UGAUUUUGCUUUUUGCAUCACUGGACUAAUAUUGCUACUCCUAACUAAUCUACUAUGGAAGAUACCGCAUACAGCCGCUUAACAACGCAAAUCUUCAAGCUCACCAGAAAGGAAACACAGCUUCACAGUGAUAUAUACUUCUUGUCUCACUGUAAGAAAAGAAGACUCAUCCCCAAGGGACUAAGGAUCAAAAAUCCAGUUGCUACAACGCAUAACUCGCAAUAUGCUCAAGAUCUCUGCCAACGCACCAGCAAAAAACGUAGGAACCAUCUUAUCCACCUUCUAUACAGGAAAAUACAAGACAUUCAAAAUACAAAAACAUCCCUACUUCAGCUUUUACAAGAACAGGAUCAACACAUGGCCAAACAAGUGGGAAUGGAUAUGCAAAACUUCCACAACCACCAAAUAAGAGAUCUUUUCAUGAAGAAAAAUAAGAAACUGGGCAAACUCUCCCAAAAUUUCUACAAGCACCAAACAGAGAGGAAUAUUAGGAUCACUACAAACAAUAGAAGGACUGAAACAACCAAUGGUCCCACAACUACGCCUGACAUCAAUACAGACAACUCUGGAAUUAUUAACAUUUCAGAUUAUGAACUUUCCAAGCCUGAGAGAUCUGUUCUCUCUAAAGGACUCUCAUUCUGUCCAAGCACCAAACUACAUGACAUUAAACUAUACUCAGACUUGGAAGAAUUCUUUAGAAGACUACGACUUAAAGAAUUCUUUCAUGACAAAGGGGACACAACCACUACCACCUUGGAUUACAACAUCAAGAAAAAGAAUUCCCACUUCACCCCAGCACCAGGACGUAACAGCAAACUGGACAGCUACAUUUCAAGCUUCAGACUAAGAACAGCAUCCUUAGUCACUAAACACCACCAUAACACCUAAUACAACCUCUCAGUAUUGGAAAGAGAGGCCAUCAAAAACGUAAGAAAUAAUCAAGCCAUCACAAUCAAAUCAGCAGACAAGGGAGGAGCAGUAGUGAUCAUGAACACCCAGGACUACAUCAAAGAGGGAAACCGACAAUUGUCAGACACUACAAGAAACUGACAGAAGACCCCACCAAAGAAUACACCAUGGAACUAAGAAAAUUGAUUCAAUCCUUCCCAGAGGACUCGCAAAAAGGAUUAGAGACACUUAUACCCACCGAUCCCAAAACAGGGACAUUCUACAUGCUCCCAAAAAUCCACAAAUCUGGAAACCCUGGCAGACCAAUAAUAACAGAUCCGUAUAUCCUGUGGACUACUUCGGAUUCGGUCGACUACAUCGAUGACCAGUGUUUUUAAAUUUUUUUAAUUUAAUGUUAAUAAAAUGGUUAACGCAGGCUUGUUG